AUGUCUUGUCUUUCAGUUGUGUUGAUUGGAGACUCUGGAGUUGGGAAGAGUAAUCUUCUGUCACGCUUCACACGCAAUGAGUUCAAUCUGGAGAGCAAGAGCACCAUUGGGGUGGAAUUUGCCACCAGGAGCAUCCAGGUGGAUGGGAAGACGAUAAAAGCACAGAUCUGGGAUACUGCAGGACAGGAACGAUACCGUGCCAUUACCUCAGCGUAUUAUCGCGGUGCUGUUGGGGCUCUUCUUGUGUAUGACAUUGCCAAACAUCUCACUUACGAGAACGUGGAGCGCUGGCUGAAGGAGCUUAGAGAUCACGCAGACAACAACAUUGUCAUCAUGCUGGUGGGGAACAAGAGCGACCUCCGCCACCUGAGAGCUGUGCCCACUGAUGAGGCCCGGGCUUUUGCAGAAAAAAAUAACUUAUCUUUUAUUGAAACUUCCGCUCUGGAUUCAACAAAUGUAGAAGAAGCCUUCAAGAACAUCCUUACAGAAAUCUACCGCAUUGUUUCGCAGAAGCAGAUUGCAGAUCGGUCUGCACACGAUGAGUCUCCUGGCAACAACGUAGUCGACAUCAGUGUCCCACCAACCACCGAUGGACAGAAAUCCAACAAACUCCAGUGCUGUCAGAACCUGUGACCUCCUGUAGAUGACUCCUGUGCCCUUCACUUCGUCUGUGCUUCAUUUAGAAACUUGUGUGCACUUCUUAUCUCCUGUGAUUCAGUGACUUCCUCUUCCCUCCUUUACCCCAUUCCCAAGUCCCCCCCUUUCAUCUUAGGGCUUUAAUUGUAGGGCUAACAUUCCCCUGCCUCUGAAAUCCCCUUCAAUGUGGUGACUUUUGGGCUUGAAAUGUAGGCACUGAUUUGAUAGACAUGUUUGUGUUGGAACAUCUGCUGCUGGAUAUUAUCCCUUGAAACACUCUCCUCAAAUGGUUUUGGGUUGUGUUUUGGGGUUUUUUUGGGUUUGGUGUUGUUUUUUUUUUGUUUUCUGGGAGAGAAACCAUGGAGACUUGACUCUAACAGUUGAAGAAAUAACUACAUUUAGGUGACAAGGUUUUUUUCCUCCCAUAGUCAGAUUAUUAUUUUCUUGUGUUUCUGUAAACAUGGGGGAGAAAUUAAAAGAAAAUAGCUGUCCUACCAAACGCUCUGUUUUCUGUCCUGAUAAAGUCUCACGGUGAGGUUUUUAGUGGCUGCACACACAUAAGAAAGCUGUUGAAAAUAAGAUUACUUAUUAUGUAAUUACCCCUAAUACAGUUAGUCUGGCUGUGUAGUUUACCGAUUCCUGCUUGGAAAAUCUUUCUCUAUUCUUGUUUUAUUUGGGAACAAUGAAGUAUGUCUGCUUUGCUUUCUUUGCCACCAUGGAUGCCUGUGCUGCUUGCGCAGGCUUUAUGAAGUCGCUUAAUAUUUAUUCAUGGCUUAUGUUAAUCAGUUAACAUUGUUGUACAGUAAGUGCCAGCAUAUUGAUUUCAAAAACACUUUGCAACCUGUACAAGUCGGCUUAUUUUGUACUUUAGAUCAGUGUCUGAAAGCAGGAUCUUCUGUAGUUCCAGGACUUUUUUGCAUGCUGCUUUUUCUCUAGAUCUUUCCUACCCCUGUUUGAGUGAGUGAAGCAAUAUUUUCAUGUCAUGUAUAUACCUGCACUUGUAAGGGUUUUGGUUGUUGUAGAGAAACACAAUACUUUAUACAUUUUGUAAAACUUCUGCAGAAUCAUAGCAUCUUGAACUUUCUCUUCAUGACCUUUCACUAUUGACCUUGUGCAUAAUCUUCUUGACCUCUACUAAAAUGCAUAAUAUUAAGAUUUCACAUAAUAACUACUAACCUGUUGUUUUCUUCUUGUUCUGUUUUACUGAAUUGCAGACUGUAAUUCUCAAAUGAUUGUACUUCCCCUGAUGUAACAGAUCUGUCAUCAGCAGGGCUAACUACUACAAUACUUUGUUUCACUGAAUGGGAAGAAUGUUGUCACACCUCCGUGUAGUCAGUCUCUUGCUAGCUUGUGAAAAUGCUCUGUGAUGAUGGCUCGUCAUCAUUCACUAGCUCUUACACACUUGCAUCCCCUCUGGUAUACGCUGAAUGUUACAGUGAGGCAAAUACUGGGUGAAACUGUCCAAAGGAAGAGUUGGAGACCAUCUGCUGCUCUCUGAAUACUAGUGAAGCAAUUUGCAGUGAUUUUUUGCUCUGUAUUCUGAGACUGUACCACACUUGAUGAAUCCUUCCUGCGUAUUAGUGAGUUGGUUUUUCUUUUCUGAUACAAAGCAAAUAUGAAACUGUGAAUUGUGCUUGAAGGGGAAAUCUGACAUUCCAGUCUCAACUGUUCUGUCUGGUUAUGUAAUAAAAUUAAGGGCGGUUAACUCUGA